GUCCACGGUGGGUAGCUGUUGUAGUCAUGUCAGGGAUCUGACAGUGAGAGCUAACUUGGCCGCAUUAGUUAGUGAGUUAUCAGAAAAGUGUCCGGGAAGUUCUCAAAAGGGAAAGUGGAUUACAACGGCACGAAAACGCCGCCAAAGUGACCCGGUGUGGACGGUUGGCAUAAACCGGUCAAACCGUUAACGUGUCCGGGGGGGAUCGUUGGUAACCGUCGGUUAGCUGGUUAGCACUUAGCUGGCUUCCCGAAAAGAAGUAACGACAGGGCGGCUUGUUUCACGCAGUCAUGUCGGCGGCCGGAGACUUCGGAAACCCUUUAAGAAAAUUCAAAUUGGUCUUUCUCGGCGAACAGAGCGUGGGAAAGACUUCGCUGAUCACCAGGUUCAUGUACGACAGCUUCGACAACACUUACCAAGCCACAAUAGGAAUAGACUUCCUGUCGAAAACCAUGUACCUCGAAGACAGAACUAUCAGGUUGCAGUUGUGGGACACGGCAGGGCAAGAGCGAUUUCGUAGCCUCAUCCCGAGUUACAUCAGAGACUCUGCUGCUGCUGUUGUAGUGUACGAUAUCACAAAUGUCAACUCUUUCCAGCAAACCACAAAAUGGAUCGAUGACGUGAGGACGGAGAGAGGAAGUGACGUCAUUAUCAUGUUGGUGGGAAACAAGACAGACCUCGCGGACAAAAGACAGAUAACCACAGAGGAGGGAGAACAGAGAGCGAAAGAGAUGAAUGUUCUGUUUAUUGAAACAAGUGCAAAGACAGGCUACAAUGUCAAACAGCUUUUCCGUCGCGUGGCAGCCGCCCUCCCCGGCAUGGAUACCACACAGGACAAGAGUGGAGAGGACAUGAUUGACAUUAAGCUGGAGAAGCCACCAGAGCUACCUGUCAAUGACGGAGGCUGUUCCUGCUAAUUCCCACUAACGUCACUGCUAAAUAUUUCUCUUACUGUUUUUUUGUUUUUUGUUUUUUUCUCAAACCUGUUUGGUUUUUUUCUGUACCCUCGACUGCACCCGCCUCUGAGAACACUACAUCCGUUAUCCUCACCAUUGUGGAAACCUGCACUCUCACCUGGACGCUCUGAGGCUCAUAAAUCACUUUGAAUUGAAUAUUUGCACUGUAACACACACACACAUACAUGCGUUGAAACAGUAUUUACAGCUGGAGCUUAGCCUGCUUUACUGAGCUCCUGUUUGUCAUUUCAAAGACGACUUUUUGUACCAAACUGAAAUAAGGAAAAUGUGUGUUUAAGACAUCAGAUUAAACAAUAUGUUUAAGAGUGAGAAUAUUCUUUUAAAAAAAGUUAAAUAUCGCUUUAAGCUUAAUAAGCACAACGUGGAUGUUUUGUGCAUUUAACAUAAUUUGUGCCGUUGUAAUUGAUUGGCAAGCAUUCAUUCAUGAGUUCCAUCAACAGACUGCUCUUUUUGUUCGAAUAAUAUGUGGAAACGGUGGCUGUGUCUUGUUGAAGUAAAUCAACUGGGACAUCUCAGUGUUGACACGUCUACUGUGUCCACCCACGAUGCAGCUGAAGUUGGAAGCGACAGCCAUGAGCUUAUUUUAAAACCGAGUGUGUGCUUUACGGUUAGCUGCAACCAGCAGAGUCACAGUAACAUGUACCAGCAUGAUAAUGAUGAUGACCAAAACACAUGACACCAACUACAAGAGCAACACUGACACACCAUCCACAUUUACCGUCCUUCCUCUCUCCACACUCUGUCUGUCCCUCGAGAUGAUUUAUUUUUAUCUUCCGUUUUCUGUUUCCUCUUUAUUUGGGUAGAUCUUCUUUUUCUUUUCUAAAGACUACACCUAUCAUAGAUUAAAACUAUUACCUUGAUGAUAGUGUUUGAGGAGGAGUUUCUCAUAUAUUAAGAGUCAUAAUUAUAAAAUUCAAACAUUAGGUGGAGAUAUAUGCCUUUUUGGAGUUUAAUUGUAGAGGGCUUGUUUGGCUUUGGGGUCGUCUAGUUAAGUUUGGGAUGAUGUUUUAUGAACACUUUUGCUUGUUUUUAUUUAAUUUUUUUUGGCAUUGAUCUUUUGUUAGUGAUUAUUCUACAUGUGUAUUUAAUCCACAAUGACUUGUAAUAUUUAUUUCUAUUGGAUUCAUGUCUCUUUUUUUUUAUUUUUAUGGCUGUUAAUAUCUUCACUUUUGGUAUGAGUCUUGAAUCGCUAAUAAAAUAUGCAUCCAUCUGGACCACCAUGUUUAACAGAUUCGAGAGUGUCUGCUGGUUCCCUCUGCCAACUCGAAACGGCAGUUUGAUCACACUUGAUAACACCGUGCAAUUUAUUUGUGUGCGAACUUAUGGAGGAGUUUGAUUUGUAUAGUAUAGUAGUCCUUAAUGUUUCCGUCUGGAAUGGUUCUAAAUGAAAACAAAUAAAAAUACACUUGUCACCAAUGCUGGAA